AAACUCGAUAACAGGUAAUAUAUAAGCAGAUAAGUAUAACGCUCUACCUCACAAAGGAAAACCACGUACGUGAAGCUAUUGUGAAGUAUGGCGUCAGGCAACAGUGACAUUAUCAGCUGGGAAGAGUACUUCAUGGGCGUAGCUUUGUUGUCUGCCAGGCGAAGCAAGGACCCCCCAAAAAAAGUUGGAGCUUGUAUAGUAAAUAAAAACAAAAGAAUAGUAGGGCUUGGAUACAAUGGCUUCCCUGAUAACAUCCCUUAUAACGAUGCCCAAAUUCCAUGGGAAAAAUCGUCAGAGAAGGAUGCGGACGGGAACGUGCAAAACAAGCAUCUAUAUGUGUGCCAUGCGGAAAUGAAUGCCAUUGUCAAUAAGCUGUCGGUGGAUAUUACCGGCUGUACCAUGUACACAACGCUGUUUCCAUGUAAUGAAUGUGCCAAACUCAUCUGCCAAUCCCGCCUCGGUAAAGUCGUCUACUUAAAAAGAAAAGAUGAAGAUGACGAAGGAAAAAAUAAAGCAGCGGAGAACAUGUUUAAAAUGGGAGGAAUACAAAUGGUGAAAUACGAACCUACGCGCAAAAUAGAACUGGAAAUUUGAGACCACGAUUAAAUGCUGUGAUGUCCUUGAACAAUGUGGAAAUUUCCCGACCAGAAUAUCUUCUGUUUGUGUGACCGUUGAAUGUGAUUUACAACGCUAAUGAUGGCUUAAACAGUCAAGUGUAACGCUGUGUUAUCGUAUUAUUAUGUUAAUAAGAUUUAAAAAAAAAAAACUUUUCUAAAUAACAGCUAAUGAAAAAGACGUAUUAUUGAUCCCAAACAAUAAAUUAAAUUUCAAUUAAACAUUCUGAGCUCCUAAAUGAUUGGUUUUUAUUUUUGUAAUUUAGUUAACAAGCUCAUGUUUCCUGAUAAAAUUUGAUAUUUGAAGACUAAUUAUUGAUUGCAAUGAAUGAAUGGAAAAUCAAAUGAUCUGUUUUCUUUAAAGCUUAAAACAAUAAAAUAUUAUUUAGCUUCCAAAUAAUUGAAUUUGCUUUUUAUUUUGAUAUAAUGAACGUUAUUGUAAUUAUAUAUUUGUUUUGCAACUUUGGACUGAACACGAUACAGGCAAUGACACUAUGUUCAACUUUUUUCAUCAUUUUGUUUGGAAUUAAACGAGGAAAAGUGGCAGCACCUCUAACUGAUAAUUGAAAAAUUAUGUAACUGUACAUGUAUAUAGCUGUAAAAUAAAACCGCAUGAGGUUGUUUUGGGAUGCCCUUUUCCGAUGGUAAUUUAUUAGUGAAAUGAAAAUGUUUUGACAAUCAAAUAUUAUACCUAAGGCAAGCUUGACUUUGUGCAUAAUAUUCAGCUUCAGAGAGCAAUAUACAAUUGACUUAGAGACUG